GAGGUUGGGGGCGGGGCCGGGCGUCAGGUGCGUUUCACCUGUUCUCUCGCUUUCGUGGAGAAACGAAACUGAGCGGCUGCGGCUCCGCUUUCGGACAGCGCUCCCGGGGCGAUCCAAUCAAGAGGUCAGGAAGAACAAGAUGGAGUUUGCCAGCAGCUAUUUCUACGUCCGAUGUACCGCGACCACAGAGCCCAGCGAGCGGCCACGGGCACCACUGCCGGGCGAAGGGAACAAUGCCAGGACGGGUGAAGUGCCGGUGUUGCCGAUGUACCAGCCGGUGGAGGGGUGCGGUGUUGCCAUGGGACCGGUGUAUGACCAGGUGUACGAGGCGGUGGGGGGGCUGGGCAUGGAGGGGCAAGGUGCCACUUACAUGAACCACAGCACCUUGUCACAGCCCCUCACCCCCUCCUCCCCUGUCUACGCCGACCAGCCCAGCACCGGCCUCUACCCCCCGCAACCUACCAGCAGCUACGAUGGAAGCCCAUCGGCCCCGGCCCCCGAGCAACCGGCAAAACCCACCCCCAUCCCCAUCCCCCCUCCUCGACGAUCCCGGAGACACACACCACAAGUGACGCCGCCCCCACUGCCCCCUCGACCACCCAACAUGCGGAAGGUGCCCAACUAUGUGGAGGUGAUGGAACAAGGGCCGCGGGCUCAGUCGGGGGUCCCCGUGCCCCUCCCGGCCCCACUGAGCCCCGAUAAAGUGGGCCACACGGCCAGCGGGCAGGAGCUGACGGAGGAUGUGAAUGUGGUGCUGGUCAACCUGGCCAAGCUGAUGGACAUCAAGGAAGUCACGGCGCUGGCGGUCACGCCGACUUACUGCCAGGACUGUUCGGCUGCCAUGUCUUCCUGCAGCCACAUCCAGGAGCUCCACACCUCUAUGUGGGAAUGUGAAUUCUGCCACAAAGAGAAUUGUCUGGACUAUCGACACAACAAGGGCAGCUGCAGAGAAGACCAGGUGUAUGUACAGCUCAUGAACCCGACCAUGGUGGAGGAUGUCACCGACUCCCUCGUUGUGUUCUGUGUCGACAUCUCCGGCAGCAUGAGUGUCACGUUCGAGCAACAGAUUGGAAAGGGCGUUGGAGAAUCGCUCUACAUGUCCCGGCUACAGGCUGUGCAAGAGGCCGUGAGCCAGUCGCUGGACUACCUGCUGCAAACCUCGCCCAGGACCAGGGUGACUUUGGUCACCUUCAACAACGAGGUAACCAUUUACGGGGACGGGCUGGGAACGCCACGGACUCUGCAGGACUUUCAGCUCAUUGACCAAGAGUAUCUGAAGAGCAGGGGGAUUGCCGAGCCCCAGCCUCGCUGCAUCUCGGAGAGCAGAGACGCCCUGCGGCAGCGGAUACACAUGCUGCAGGAGUGCGGGUCGACUGCGCUGGGGCCGGCUGCGCUGGUGUCCAUAGCAAUGGCCUCACGGAAGCCGGGCUCCAAGGUUAUCAUUUGCACAGACGGACGUGCUAACACCAUCCUGGGUAACCUGGAGGACAUUGCAGAAGAUAAGAUUUACCAGUCCUCCAAACUGUUCUACAGCCACAUGGCAGAGUACGCCAUGAAGCAGGGGGUGAUCAUCUCAGUGUUGACCAUCGAGGGCACCGACUGCAGGCUGCUGGAGCUGGGACAGCUAGCGGAUAAAACCGGGGGCAAGGUGAACAUCACCAACCCGGCCAGUCUAUACAGCGAGUUUGAACUCAUUCUGGAUGAUGAUGUGAUUGCCACAAACGUCACCCUCACCUUCAUCGCGGAGCGGGGCCUGUACUUUAAGCACGAAGACGAGGUCAGCAACAAAUGCGUGAAGCAAAUUGGAAAUGUGGUCAAAGACAUGACCACCACGUUUCAGUGGGAAUCAAACCAGAGUCCCUGGAGGUGGCUCCAGCGGAAAGAUGCCAUCCCCUUCCAGCUGCAGCUGGGCUAG